AUGCUCGAUAUCGCGAUAAUGGCCUCCCCUUCAACCAUGUGCGCGUCGUGCCUGCGGAUAGCAAGACAAACAACGACACGGCGGCCGGCCCAACCUAUCGCCGCCGCAGCUCAAUCAAUGCGAGCGUACAGCAGAGCAGCACCGCACGCCACUUCGCCAUCGCUAUUCCUCGACUUUCUUGCGCCAUCAUCUCCACGAGGGACUUCAAGACUUGUCCCAGUACAAGGUUUAGCAUUCUCACAACCACAACACAUACCACGACGAGCCCUCGCCACAUCAUCCGACGCCUCCACCGCAAAGCCCGCCCGCGCGAUCCAAAACCCACGCACCGACGAUUCCGGCAACCCCAUGCUGAUCUCGAUAGCACCCCGUGCAUCGAACCGGCUUCAGAAGAUCUCCUCGGGCGAUAACAAUCCGAACCUCGCAUUGCGCGUAAGCAUCGAGAGCGGCGGAUGCCACGGCUUCCAGUACCUCAUGGACUUGACCGACCUGUCCAAGAACCCGGCGACCGAGGAAGAUACCAUAUUCGAGGGAGAGAAGGGAGAGAAGAUCGUUAUCGAUGAAUCGAGUUUGGAGCUGUUGAAUGGAAGCACGGUGGACUAUACCAUGGAGUUGAUCGGGAGCCAGUUCAAGAUCACUGGCAUACCAGGGGCGACGAGUAGUUGUGGGUGCGGGACGAGCUUUGAUAUCAAGAUGUAG